AGAGAAACUCGAAGACUAGCGAUAAGCGUGGGAAGGUGCGUGAAUAUAAAGCACAGCAUUCGCUGCCUCCUUGGCGAACAGUUGUGGUCAAGGAGCUAACCCCCGUUCACCAUGAAAGCCAUCCUUUGCCUUCUAGCUGCUGUGCUCUUCUCAGGAGCUGCGACUGCAGCCGCAGACACAAAAAAGAAAAACGACAAAAAUGAUGACAGCAAAGUAGAGGGAAGAGGACUGUUUCACACCAUCCCCGGCACCGUACUCGUUCCUGGAGUCUGCCCACCGUGCCCUUGCGCUUAUGGUGGAGCUGUCGGUGAUAUAGGAGGAGCCUAUGGAGGUGGCUUCGGUGGAGCCAGUGGUGGUGCCGCAGGUGGCUACAGCGGAGGAGGUGCUGGUGGAGUACGUGGUGGUGGAGCCGGCUUUGGUGCAGGAGCCGCUGGUGGAGUAGGUGGUGGUGGAGCUGGCUUUGGCGGAGGAGCCGCGGGUGGAGUAGGCGGUGGUGGAGCCGGUUACGGUGGAGGAGCCGCUGGCGGAGUACGUGGUGGUGGAGCCGGCUUUGUUGGAGGAGCUGCUGGUGGAGUAGGCGGUGGCGGAGCCGGUUAUGGCGGAGGAGCCGCUGGCGCGAUAGGCGGAGGUGGUGCAGGCUACGGUGGAGCUGCUGGUGCAGCUGCCGGUGCAGUAGCUGGUGGUGGGGCUGCCGGUGGAGCUGUCAGUGGAGCCAGUGUUGGAGUAGGUGGUGGCGGCGUCGGCUAUGGUGGAGCGGCUGGCGGAGUUGGCGGAGGCAGCUACGGCGGAGCUGCCGGUGGCGGAGCCGGCUAUGCCAGCGGCGGCCGUGGUGUGGCUGGAGGCGUUGGCGCUGGUGGUGUCGGUGGAGCGGCAGCCCUCUCAGGAUUCAAGGGAGGUGCUGGAUUCAAGGGCAGCGCGGCAGGCCUGCAGGCUGGCCAGGGCAGCUUCGCCUACAAUGUAGGAGGAUCCGACAGGAUGGAGUACGGUCACAGCAGCUCCUAUGGUGACUCCAAGAGCUUCGGAAUGAGCUCCAGCGAAGGCUUCAGCAGGGGUCAGGGACAAGGCAGCCACGCAGGUGGCUUUAAAUCACAUGCUGCAGGAGCUGGGGGAGUAGCCUCAAGUGCUGGGGCAAAGGUUGUUGGCUAAGAGGUCGUCCACUCGCGGUCAAGAAAGGAUUGACCGUCCACAGUUCCCCAAGGCUUGUGUUCACCAGAGCCGCCUCGCGUUUGCCCACACGGGAGCUUUCUCUAGCGCUGUGCAAGGCAUAUUCACUUUCUACAAAGUACAAAGACGUUCACUACCACCUAAAUGUAACAACUCACGCAAUAAGUGGUUUAAAAUAAAUAAAACUAUACAAAUGAGCUUUUUAUUACUAU